AUGGGAGGCAGAAAGUCCAACAAAGCAAAAAAUCAACAACCGCUGAACAACGACGUCACUUCGUCUCAACUCAGUGAGAAUACCGACGGUGAAGUAGAGGCGACCCCUCCGAAGAACAUCCAAAUCGACGAGUGCCCACUCAACACAUCAGGUGCAGCGGAAUACCACGGAGAUUCCAGUCCACUCAUCCGCUCCGCGUCUCUCCUCGAUAGCAGCAUUUCUACUAUUGAGCACGAAGAGAUCGUGGUUAUGGACAUGGACACGGAACACCCAAAUGAAAGUGACAAUUAUGACGACCCGAAUGCAUCAUCCGCUCUCGAAGCAUGGAUGAAGGAAUGGAAGGAAUUCGCGACGGUGAACGAAAGGGACCGAUUCGAGGCACAAGCAUCAUUGACAGCUCUGAAUGGCUCCAUGACGGCACUCAAAGCGCAGUUGCACACGGUCGAAAGCAUCUGCAAUCGCCUGGAGACGCAAAUAAUGCAUGAGCACCACGUGGACAACGAUUCAAGACAAGCACAAGCCCGCCGCUCAUCAUCCGCUGAAUCCACCGGAACUUCUUCCAAGGGAAAUCUGCAAAAGAACAAGGACAAAAAGCCGGCAAAAGCCUACUCAGGCUCAUAUUGCAUCUUCUGCCGCAGAGCCUCCCACAAAUCCAUCGACUGCAGAACAACGACAUUCUACCUCCACAGAGAGAAUCGUGCCCGCUCCAAUGGAUACUGUAACAAGUGCCUUCAACCGCUGAUUCAAUCCGACGCAGGUCACCACUUGAGCUGCACAGAGCCGAAAGUCUCGUGCGCCUACCGCCACGAGCACUCGGAGAAUCAAGCCAAGAGUGGUCACAACGAGGUUGAGACCAAGCGUUCCAAAACCCAACCGCUCGCCACUGUUCCGGCGGUACAGGGUACGGAAAUCACCAUAGAUUGA